AUGGAUGAAGCUCUCUUACCCGCCCUUAUCGACGAACGGGCUCGAUUAGAGCCGGAUAGGCUCUAUUGUGCCUUCUUGAGAACGGUGAACAUCAAUGAUGGAGUUGUCAAGCUCUCGUACAGCGAUUUCGCCAACGCAGUUAACAGACUUGCCUGGUUUAUAGAGGAAACCUUCGGCAAGAGUGAUGAUUUUACCACUCUGGCAUAUGUCGGCCUUACGGAUAUCAGAUAUGCAUUGAUCACUUUAGCAGCCGCCAAAACAGGCCACAAGGCAUUCCUCAUGUCCAUGGUCAAUCCUGUCCCAGCACAACUUCGACUUCUUGAAGCUGCCAAGUGCGAUCACCUUCUUGUAGCAGCUGACUUUCCGGCAUUCAAACCCGCUAUUACUGCGAUGGCCUCAAGACGGCCAUUAAAAGUCGUUGAAAUUGCCAGCGUUGAUCACUGGAUCGCCAAAGACAAGGCUAAAGAAUAUCCAUUUAGAGCCACUUUGAGUGAUAAUCCUCGUCAACCAUUUGUUUUCCUGACCUGGUUACCUAUAAUUUUACUGCUCUUACAGCCUACAGGUAUUGGAACCAUCCUAGGGAUUUGGUGCCAGAUGCUAAAUUCGCCCGAGAUUACAGAGUGGCGUUCAAAAGAUUUGUUCUCCAAGCAUCCCACAAAGGAUCUGUGGAAGUACCAGGGUCGGGCGGAUGACACAUUCGUCAUGGCUACUAGCCCUACGUGCAAUCCGCUCGGAAUGGAAGCUGUCAUGGUAACUCAUCCACGCAUCAUCACAGCUCUCUUAGCUGGUCAUGGUUGCGAAAAGACAGCAUGGCUGCUCGAAGUGCAUGAUCCUCCAGUUCAUGAAGGAGAGAAGACGAAGUUGGUGGACGAGCUCUGGCCGUAUGUGGAGAAAGCAAACGAGGUGGCUCAGUCACAUAUGAGAGUGGAGGAUAAACAAGCGAUUGUCUUCAAUCAGAAGGGAAAAUCAUUUCCACGUGCUGGAAAAGGUUCUGUUCAAAGAAAACUUGCACUUGCUGCAUACGAGAAGGAGCUUGAUAGUGUCCACAGCUAG